AUGGUAAAAAUAAAAAAUAUUAAUAUACAAACUUCAUUUACACCAAAUAUUAUCAAUAGUCCAAAUUUUACAAUAUCUACAAAACCAUUAACAAAUAAAACUGAUAAAUAUAGUUUAUAUUCUAUUAAUUCAACACUAAGUUCUUCUGAUGAAACAUUAGAAACAAAAAUGCAAUGUAUAGGUCCAUUAUAUAAUCAAUCAUGUUUGUUUAAAAAUCUAUAUUAUGUUGAUAGUUGGUUUACAAUUUUAUUAGUAAAAGGAAGUUAUUUACCCGAAUAUUAUCUACGAACAGAUGCUUUUAAUCUAUGGCCUAUAACACCAAAUAAACGUGAAUUUGAUUCAUAUAUUCAUCUUGAAAUAUUUGUUCGUAAUAUAACUAAACCAAGAAGAAUACCAUAUGUCACUCUAUAUUUUGGUCAACCAUGGCAUCACAAUAUUGGUCAUGCACUUUUUGAUGGACUCUAUGCAGCCUAUGUUGCACUAAUUCGAUUUUCUCCUAGACAUCUUUAUCCAUUUCAUAUUCUUGCCGGUGUAGAUGAUUGUGAUGGGUGUUGGAGUGAAGAUGUUUAUAGUCGUUUUGGUGGUCUUGGAAUAAUUAAACAACGUGUUCUAAAUAAACUUUCACAAGGACGAUGGUUUAUAUUUGAUGAAAUUAUUAUGGGUAGUGGAACUUUUUGUCAACGUUGUACACAAUCUAAUUUACAAUUACCUGGUGGUGUUGAGUUAAAUGCUUCGAGACUUUUUCGUGAUCGAAUGUAUCAACAACAUGGUUUUAUUCAUUCAGUUGUUCGACAAAAAUCUUCAUCGGAAUAUCGAACAUCUCAUGAUCUUCUUCAUGCAUAUGUCAUUGAUAAUAGACGUUUUACAGAAAACGAUCGAAAAGAAAUCAAGGAUGCAAUUAAUGAAAUAAAUAAUUAUACUAAUUUUUAUAUAAAUACAAGUAAAAGUAAUACAAGUAAAUCAGAAUGGCCAUUAAUUCAGAUUUCAUAUCUUUAUUAUAAUCAAGUUAAGGCACAAAAUAUGAGUUCAAUUCAAAUCAAUGCAACAUCAAGUGAUUCUCGAUCACCAACAUAUGAAUUAAUUGAGAAUGAUUUUAUUGCUCAAUUGAAAAUUUUACGUAAAAUGGAUAUUCAUAUAACUGGACCAGGUACGGGUCAAAUGUAUCAAACAUUUUUAUCCGAUGGAUCGGUUUCAAUUAAUCUUGGAGGUUUAAGGCCAUGGGGAUUAGAAAAUACACCAAAAGGAUAUGCUUCAUAUCUUGAACAACAUAUGACAAGUGGUACACCGUAUAUUAAAGGUCUUUAUUAUCCAAUCAAUGAACGAACUAAAGGUAUAAAAAAAGAUGAAGUUAUCAAAUUAGUACGACAAGCAGGUCAACUUAUUUUACAAGGAUUUUCAUUACCAGUACAACCUCGAGAAAAUUUAGCAGCUGAUGGACAAUUAUUUGUUGAAAUGUGUGAAAAAGAUAAAGAAUUUUGUGCUUCAGUAACGACAAGAUCACCCCACAAAAGAUUUAUAUGUUUAGAAUUUUGGGUAGAAGAUUUUGUACAUGAAUAUAAUCAAUGGAAAGAAGGAGGUUAUAUUGAUAAUGGUCACAAUGAUGGUUGUUCUUUUAAUCGUUCAUUAUUGAGACAAUUAAGAGAAAAAUAUGGUAUUAAACAUAAUUUAGAAAAUUCUUCAAAACCGUUACAAAUAUAA